AUGUCCGCCACAGUUAAGCCAACCAAAGACAAAUCUUAUGCGGGGAUUCCACGUCUCACUCCAAGACCAACUGCCGCCUCAGCAGCGAGGGCUGCAAGAAAUGCUACGAACCGAAACUUGUCAACACCUGCUGUUCAGCGACUAUCGCCAGUUAGGUCUCCACCAUCACCGGCGAAUUCUCGGGUAAAAACGGCUGUGCAGCGUAAUGGCAAGUCAGACUCGAGAACUGAAAUUAAGAUAAACAGAAACCGUGAACCCGAACUACCUCCGGCAUCAGAUGUGCCCGAUGGACAGGAAGUUUUUGAAAUGGAAAAUGUUCCUGAAGAUGUAAAGCAUCAAGACGUGACUAUUGAGAUAACCGAAGACUCCCAAAUUGUUAUGCACGAUAUCGAAGAUACCGUAGAAGCUAUGAAUGAUUCAAUGAGACUCGAGAAUGAACAGACGGCACCAUUCGCUGGUACAAGUUCAGAAAACAUGGAUCAAACGCGCACACAGACACCGGUAAAUAGUCGCCCACAGACGCCGAUUUCCAAGAGCCGGCCGCAGACUCCAAAAACUAUCACACAAAGACCGCAAACGCCUAAAACCCCAAGCAGACCUACCACACCGGCAAAGACCGCACCGCGAAAUAAUAUCCCCAGUCGACCCAAUACUCCUCAAAAAAGUGUCGCGCCUUCUAGGCCUAAAACCCCAAAGGCCAUAGCCACGCGACCAGUAACGCCGGUCACAUCGAAUGCGCAAAAACAACCACAAGAUAAUAUUGAUAUAAGAACCGCGUACAAUGCGAAGCAGAAACAAUUUCAGCGGUUGAAAAAGGAACUUGACCUAAAACAACAAGCUGUGUUAGAGAUGUUCGAUAAUUUGCGAAGGCUACGUGAGCGAAUGAUAAACGAAGGCGUUUCAGCCAGCGGUGAAGGUCUUACAGAACUGGUUUUAUUUAAUGUCGCCGAUUGGGCUGAAGAAGAAAUUAAUCAGCUCUGUCAAAAUGCUAUGGGCCCUUCGCUCACUGAUGGUGCUGUUAAGCUUAUUAACACGACCGUUCCCAUUGAUGACCAUGCACUUUCUAACGUACAAAGUAAAGCGAUGAACAUCCCUUCAUGUUUUGCGGAUCUGUGUAUUCAGGCUUUUGCAGCACGUCAAGAACUAAUUGACUGGGUAAAAGAUUAUUUGAAGAAAGAGGACAAUGUAGAUACUGACGCUUUGGCCCGUAUAGCUUCUUAUAAUAAACGUGGCUUAGAAAUGUGUGAAGCUCUGCGGGAUUUGAAAGAGCGAGCAGAAGAGGCCGUUGAAACCAUAUCUUUGUUCUCCAGACGUGCAUGUAAAGAGAGGGCUACACUUUUAUCUGUUGGAGAGACUUUGGUUCGUGAAGUUGCGCGUUUGCGAGAAGAUCUAGAAUCUCGAACGACAGUCAUAAGUAAAGUACACGAGAUACCUCCUGAAAGUGAAGUGACGAAAGCUUUGGAGGAGACACGAAAAGAAUUAGACGAAGAAAGAGCUUCGAAAGCAACGAUGAAAGAGAAACUUGCUUCCACAGAGGCUCAGUUAAGACAACAGCGUAUACGGAUAUCUAAGAUGGAUCGACAACUUCGUGAAGCCGAAGCCAGUAUUACUAGUCUGACUUGCACUGUUAAGGGCUUGGAGGAUCAGAGUCGACAACGCGAAGUUCAGCUUGAGGCGAAAGCUAGAAAGUUAAGAGAAUCUCUUAAGACAGGAGAAGUAACAAGCACGCAUUUGGCACACCAGCGUGACGCUUUAGAGGCAGAAGUUGCCGACUUAAAAGAGCAAAUCAAGUCAUUAAAUGCACAACAUAAGUCGAAUGUACAAGAUCUUAAUAACCAAUUAAAAGAGUUGACAUCGGCUUUAGAUGAGGAACGCGAAACGACACAGCGAGAAGUUAAAUACAGAAAUUCCCUCGAAGAACAGUUGAGAGAGGGUCAAAACGCUAUUGAGGCACUUACAGCGAAAAUAAAUGAAUUUGAAAGGAAUAAACCGAAUCCAGAUUUACCUACAGAAAGAGAAAUGGACUUAUGGGCGGAAUUGCAGUCAACAAAAGAUACAUUAAGAAUAACAGAAGAGGAAGUAAUUGCCUGUAAAAGGGAGAAAGUUCGCUUCUUGGAGACCAUGACUAAAAUAGCUGUAAUGGAGUCAGAUAACAAAGUCGGUUUACAACAAAAACUAGCGGCCGAAUUGUUGAGUAAAGAAGAAAUAAUUAGCAAAAUGCAGAUACAGCUUCGAGAUCUGUCUAAGAACAUCAAGCUGAACGAGCAAAAGGUAAUACAAUAUGAACAGUACGUCCGCGAUGUACAAGCUCAUAAUCGAGCAAUCGCUAAUUGCCAAGAAUCACCGAAUGGUAUUACUUAUCAAGAUUUACAACAGGAGAUCAUGAACCUGAAAAUGGGUCUCCUCGAUGCUGAACAUCGUAACGAGGAACUGUCAGAGAUUUUAACACAAAAAGAUCAACAGCUGGAGCAGCAGGACAAAACAUCACGUACACAGGCAAGACUCAUCAAGGUUCGAGAAGAGUUGAUCAACAUGCUCAAGAAUAAAGAGACGGAGCAGAGUCGUGAGCUCGCCGCUUUGCAAAAAGAUUUAGAACAUCGAAUGAAAAUUGUAGACGAAGUAAAUAAGCAGAUAGCAGCAAAGGCCGAUGAGAUUCAAGAGCUUUUUGCAACUCUCGAAACCAAACAGCAACAAAUUCAUCGGUUGGAAAAAAUCGUUCUUGCCUUAGAAGAACAGCAGCGUCGGGCCCAAGCGCAGCGCACACGACACGAGGAAAAAAUUGCUGCUUUAGAACAUGAGCUCGCGGCUGGUGGAAAUCGGAAAGACAGGUCAAAAACAUUAUAA